AUGAAGAGGUUGACAAAAUCUACAGUCAUAGGAUCUAAACGCAAGCAACAAGCAGACAACAAAGAAAAUGAAAAUUCGUUGGGUCAUGACAAUAGCAAUCCAACACUACAAAGCCAGUUGUCAUCUUAUAAGACUCCUAGACCUUUUUGUGGAGUUUUUCAAGCAUCCUUAUCUACGCCUUUGAGCGUAUUAACUAAUGAAAAUGAAAAUUCGUUGGGUCAUGACAAUAGCAAUCCAACACAACAAAGCCAGUUAUCAUCUUAUAAGACUUCUAGACCUUUUUGUGGAUUUUUUCAAGCAUCCUUAUCUACGCCUUUGAGCGUAUUAACUAAUGUAUGUUCAAAAGAAGUUAGUGUUCGUAACGUCAGUAAUCGCACACCCUUAUCUGCAAUCUCGAGCACCCCAACAGCAAACCAGGCUACAGAUUUAAGAAUGGAAUCCCUUACUGGUGGUCACACUCAUCAAACAGUAGGACGUUCACUCAAACCAAGUCUCCGUACUCCAAAUACUGUCUUCACUAAUGAUUUAACAAUGGAAUCCCUUACUGGUACUCACACUCAUCAAAGAGUACGACGUGUACUCCAACCAAGUCUCCGUACUCCAAAUAGUGUCUUGACUAAUGAAAAUGUUGCUAAUAACGAACCACAUAUAGACGCUGAAGUUGGUCCUUCUACAACACAUACCGGUUAUACUGAAUGUAUCACUAACUUAAUCAAAAAACCAAGUAGUCGAUUAAUGAAUGCAAACAAUCGGUCUCCUUCUGAUUUCCGUAACCUCCACAACGACUUCAAUGAAUGUAGCGAACAGGAAGAUACUGUCACAGAUGCUCAACCUGUUGAUUAUGCCGACUUUGGUGAUGCUUGUGAUUCAUGCUUACAUUGUGGGGCACUGUUUUGGUACGAGGAACGGUUGAACAAGUCAGUUCUUAACGGUAUUACUAAGUAUUCAUUGUGUUGUGGACAUGGAAAGAUAAAACUACCACCUCCCACAAAACCACCGAAAGAAUUAUAUGAUCUAUUUUUCACGGAUGGUCCGAAGAGAAACCAGUUCUUGCAAAAUAUCAGGUCUUACAACAAUAUGUUCUGUUUCACUUCAAUGGGUGGGAAAGUAGACAGGACAGUGAACAAUGGUGGUGGUCCACCAGUCUACCAUAUAAACGGCCAGAACUUCCAUUUGAUCGGUAGUUUGCUUCCCAUGGAUGGUGCUCAACCUAAAUUUGCCCAAUUGUACAUUCACGACACCGAGAAUGAGAUUAACAAUCGGGUUGAUUCAAUAAGGCAUGAAAGCGGUACAUCUUCUUUACACCUAGACGUGGUAAACGACAUAAAAAAAGCACUGGAUGACAACAAUGUGCUGGUUAAGUCAUUUAGAAUGGCUAGGUCUGAGAUUCAAAAUAACCCAAGAACUGAGGUCAAAAUGAGACUGCUAGGCAAGCGGAGCAAGGAUGCUAGGACCUAUAAUUUGCCUACAGUAUCUGAGGUUGCGGCAUUGAUAGUUGGUGACCUAGAUCCAGACAUGGGUUUCCGCGAUAUUCUGGUGGAGUCAAAAACAGGGAAACUUAAAAGAAUCAGUGAACUCAACCCUGCUUACUUACCUAUGCAAUAUCCUAUUUUGUUUCCAUAUGGAGAGGAUGGCUAUAGGGAUGACAUCCAAUUUGCAGCAGAUCGUAGUCAACUACUUGGAUCAAGGCAACAUUUAACACCACGUGAGUAUUUUUCUUUUAGGUUACAUGAAAGGAGAAGUGAACUUUCUACAUUGUUGCAUUCAAAGAGGUUGUUUCAACAAUUCUUGGUCGAUGCUUAUACAAUGGUUGAAUCUGGUAGACUUAUGUUUAUAAGAAACAAUCAGAAGGCAUUGCGUUGUGAACAAUACAAAGGGUUGUCUGAUGCAUUAUUUAGGGGAGAUGUAGACCCUUCAACCCAAGGGAAGAGAAUUAUCUUACCAUCAAGCUUUAUAGGAGGUGCAAGGUAUAUGAUACAAAACUACCAAGAUGCCAUGGCUAUAUGUCGUUGGAUAGGCUAUCCGAACUUAUUCAUUACAUUUACAUGUAACCCAAAGUGGCCUGAAAUCCAGCGGUUUAUUGAAGUUAGAGGUUUGCGGACAGAAGAUAGACCCGAUAUUGUUAGUCACGUCUUCAAAAUGAAGCUUGAUAGUUUGGUAAAAGACUUAAAAUCUGGAGAACUCUUUGGUCCCGUCAAAGCAUCGGAAAUUCCUGAUAUACAGAUUGAUAAAGAUUACUAUAAGGCUGUAGAAGAGUUCAUGGUGCAUGGUCCUUGCGGUGUUGCUAGAUUUAACUCACCUUGUAUGGUCAAUGGAAGAUGUACCAAAUACUUCCCCAAGAGAUUUGUUGAUUCAUCAAGUUUUGAUCAAGAUGGAUACCCUAUAUAUAGAAGGCGUGAUGAUGGAAGAACAAUAACAAAGAAUGGUAUUCAAAUGGACAAUCGGUAUGUUGUUCCUCAUAACAGAUAUUUGUUAUUGAGGUACAGGGCACAUUUGAAUGUUGAAUGGUGCAACCAGUCUAGAUCAAUCAAGUACUUAUUCAAGUAUAUCAACAAAGGAAAUGACCGAGUCACUGCCGAAUUCUAUAGGAGCUCAUCAGAAGGUAAUGGAGUUGAGGUUGUUGAUGAGAUAAACAUGUACUAUGAUUGUAGGUAUGUUUCAGCGUCAGAGGCUACUUGGCGGUUACUUAGCUAUGACAUACAGUGCAGAACUCCCGCCGUUGAGCGUCUUAGUUUCCACUUGCCAAAUAGCCAAACAGUAUACUUUCAAGAUGAUGAAGAUGUGGAAACCAUUUUGAAUCGACAGACCUUGGGUGAAAGCAUGUUUACUGAAUGGUUUGAAGCUAACAAGAAGUACUCUGAAGCUAGAUUGCUAAGUUAUAUUGAAAUGCCCAAUAAAUUUGUUUGGAAAAAAAGUGUGCGUCAAUGGCAGCCAAGGCAACGUGGUUUUUCAAUUGGUCGUAUUUUUUAUGUACCACCUGGUUCUGGGGAGCUUUAUUAUCUUCGUUGCCUAUUGAACAUAGUUCGAGGACCUCAGAGUUUUGAAGACAUCAAAACCUACAAUGGAAAAGAGUAUAACACUUUUAAGGAUGCAUGUUAUGCCCGUGGGUUACUAGAUGAUGAUCUUGAGUACAUUGAUGCAGUUAAGGAAGCUAGCGAAUGGUCUACUGCACAUUCUCUAAGAAAGUUGUUUGUCACGCUUUUAAUGGCAAACACAAUGGGAAGGCCUGAAUAUGUCUGGAACGAGGUUUGGUCGUAUUUGGCUGAAGAUGCUCAAUACAAUCGACGAAAAGUAUUAAAUGAUCAAGAUUUGUUUCUAAACGACCAAGAAAAGAAGGAGUUUGCACUAAUACAGCUGGAAAAGCUGUUAUUACUUUACAAUAAGAGUUUGAAGGAUUUUCCAGACAUGCCUUUAGUCUCAGGAGAGUUGUCUCUUACCACUAACAAUAGGUUGAUCUUGGAAGAGUUAUCAUACGAUCGUGAGUUUCUUGCUAAAGAAAGUCAGUUACUUCAUGCUCAGCUCACAGAUGAACAAAGGUCAAUUUAUGAUGCUGUUAUUUCUGAUGUUUAUUCUAACAAUGGUGGAUUGUACUUUGUUUAUGGGUAUGGUGGUACUGGCAAAACAUUUCUUUGGAGGGCAUUAUCAGCUUAUAUUAGAGCUAAAGGGCAAAUAGUUAUUAUAUUAGAGCUAAAGGGCAAAUAG